CACACACACACACACACACACACACACACACACUCACAUACACAUGCAGAGAUACACAAAACCUCACACACACACACACACACUCACUCAGACAUACUGCAAACUCUCCACAGGAAACUCUGAGCCAUAAUGCGAAGGCACCUCAGAGCAGACGGGUGCAUUGCUCAAACCAAGUGGGAUACGCUGCGGCUUUGAUAGUGCGUUAAUUACUCAUGUGAUGUGAUACAGAUGUCUGGGGGCUUCAGCCGAAAGUUUGCCUGACGGUUUCCAAGGGGGCCAGGCAGACAUUUUAGAAGCGCAAUAUACCGGGACUGUCUUUCAAUCAGUGAAAUCAAAGCACUGAAUGUGUUCUAUAAUGGGCACCCCAGCUGUGCAUAUGUUGGUGCUAAUGGUCUGUAUGGCGUCCAGAGGAAUGUGCCAGAUAAACAGAGCUGAAGCAGAAGAGGACUCUCUCCCGGGCUUUCUCGUCCACUCCACCCUCCAGUCUCCAGGAUUCUACAGCACCAUCAGUCCCAGCACGGGGCCCAGCCUCCACCUGGGGGCCCCAGGGGCUGCCGCACAAGCCGUGGGAUCUGGCUCUUCAAAUGAAUCUGUCAUAAAGACGCCAGUAAAACAUCCAAUGUGCCUUGUAACUACCUCUAUUAGUGCCUAUUUCAAAUACAUCAACACCAUAAUAUCCAUUACUGUGUUUGUGGUGGGCCUGGUCGGCAACGCCACCCUGCUGAGGAUUAUAUACCAGCACAAGUGCAUGAGGAACGGGCCCAAUGCUCUCAUUGCCAGUCUGGCACUCGGGGACCUUAUCUACAUAACCAUUGAUAUACCCAUCAAUGUAUACAAGCUCCUGGUGUCACGCUGGCCAUGUGACGACAGUACUUUUGGCCUGUGUCUGUGUAAGCUGGUUCCCUUCCUGCAGAAAGCCUCUGUGGGCAUCACAGUCCUCAACCUGUGUGCCCUUAGUGUAGACAGGUACAGAGCUGUUGCAUCCUGGAGCAGAGUGCAGGGAGUUGGCAUCCCUUUGUUUACAGUCGUUGAAAUCGUGUCCAUUUGGGUGCUGUCGCUCUUCCUGGCAGUACCAGAGGCUGUCGGCUUCGACAUUGUCACCUUCAACUACAGAAACAAAUCCAUGCGCACAUGCAUGCUUAACCCCAAGUCUGACUUCAUGCGGUUCUACAGGGAAGCAAAGGACUGGUGGCUGUUUGGCUUCUACUUUUGUGUACCACUGAUCUGCACCGCUGUCUUCUACACUCUGAUGACCUGCGAAAUGCUCAACCACAGGAACGGCAGCCUGCGGAUAGCCCUCAGUGAGCACCUCAAACAGAGGAGGGAGGUGGCCAAAGCGGUCUUCUGUCUGGUCCUCAUCUUUGCCCUCUGCUGGUUCCCUCUGCACCUCAGCAGGAUCCUUAAGAAGACGGUUUACCAGUCGAAUGAUGAGACGCGCUGUGAGCUGUUCAAUUUCCUUUUGGUCCUGGACUACCUUAGUAUCAACCUUGCAACAAUCAACUCCUGCAUAAACCCCAUUAUCCUCUACUUUGUCAGCAAGAAGUUCAAGAACUGCUUCAAGUCGUGUUUGUGUUGUUGGUGCUACUCCGACAACCAGCUGAGCAGCAUCGGACCCAUGAAUGGUACCAGUAUCCAGUGUAAAAGCCCCGAGCCCAACAACCACCACACUGACCGCAGCAUCAGAAAAGACAGCGACUGAUCACUCACCUGAGGAGGAUUUUUAAGCUCUUUAAAUAUAACCAGCAAGCUUCUAAAAUGCAACCACUGAUCACCACUAAAUAUUUACAUAAAAAGCAGACAAUAAAUACACAUCCUUAGGACCACUGAAGCCACACCGUGAGCCUGGCAGGAAUGGCAUAGGAACUGGACUUAAAAGGAACAGACAAUGGAUUUGGUACUCUGAAGUUGCCCGCGCCUCCCAGUGGGCCAAACUUCCUGAAACAAACUCCUUGUGUUCCCACACCCACGGACAGUGACGCUGUAGCAUGAGAGAAAAAAGGGGCAGAGCGGAAUAAAGAGGAGGAGGACCCUUUGACAGGAUGCAGCUGAACGGUGACUAUAAAUUACUUUCAAUUAGUAUCCAAGCCAGCUAUUCCUGUAAAGGGCAGCACUUCUGGGAAGGAUGCACAAAGUUACAGGAAGGAAAAAGCAGACUGCUCGCUGUCAGAGGGAAUGAUGUGAGAUGAGUAUACGCCGUCCCCUGGAGUUUGCUACUCUGUGACGGUGGAAAACAGGAAAGCAUGUUACUGACUCGAGCAUCAAUUAAUUUUCCAUUAAACAUGCGAGUGUCUGUACAGUGUAUUUUACUCACACUCAUUAUUCAUCGAGCUACUUUGUGGCAUAAUUAGAAGAAUGUUUUGAAGUUAAGUUGCUUGAUGUUUGGCUCUUCUGCCCAACAAAAACUUUUUCUGGUAUAUGUGUGUAAAACAGGUAAAAUGCCUUUUAACAAAAAGAUUCAUCCUUAGGUUUGAUAUAAUAACCUUUUCUGCUUGAUGUUAACAUGAACCACUAAACUUCCCGUUAGUAUUCCUAAAAUGAAAGAUUUCACAACAUGUCCACGGUCAGAAUAUGCCAAAAUAAACUGGCACGUUAUCAAGUACAGGGUUGUAGUUUUUAGACAGGAUAAGGUACAACUCUGUGUUUUCAUAGCACAUGUCAAGCAAAUGAUAAAUAUGAAGUAAUGCAUUAUGACAGGUCUGAUAUCACCACUGAUCCAAAAGUGGACAGGAAUGAGCUUUUUUUUCUUCAACACUGUGAAUUUUGCCAACAUAAUCAACAAUUAUUGUGACAUUUAUGCUUGUAUAACCCAUGGAAUAUAUAUGUGUAGUGUCCACUUUUAUAAAGUGUUUUAUUUUGCAGUAAUAAUAAGUAUUUUACUCAGACUACAUUACCUGUGUAAUGACAGAGGUAGAAGGGUUUUUGAGUGAUAGCAGACACUCCACAUGGAUAUAGAUGUAGUAGUAUGGAUAAAGUAAAGAAGGAAUAGUUAGACAUUUUGAGAAAUAUACUUAUUUGCUUUCUUGCCACAAGUGAGAUGAGAGGAUCGAUGCCACUCUCAUAUCUGUCCCUACCUACCUCUAAAGCUCACAAAAUCAAAGUGUAAAAAUUACAAGUUGUAGUUUUUUCCAGUUUGCUUCUGGCUGUAGCUAACUAGCUAAAAUCACAAAUGAGAGUGAGUGAGCUUUAGAGGUGCUGACAGACGGAUUUUAUUACCUUCGGACCAAGCGGCAACUACCACAGCUUUAGGCUGAAGCCAGUGUGGAAGUACCUUAAAGUGCUAUACCACUGACAGAUGCUAGAUGCUGGUUCCAACUGACUCCCAUUCAAAAAGCGUCAACUUCUCUAGAAAUAUUAACUCAAUCGUUUUUUCAAUGACUCAUGAUGGUCGCAAUCACUAAAUUCAGACGCUUUAAUAAGUGUGCUGGUGGUCAUUUUGGAAAUGAUUGCUCCAUUAAUAAGAUUUCAAGACUUAUAGUAGGCUAUAAUGACUGCCGUGUGAGCGUUGAUUGACAGAUGUGGUUGACAGUUGGUUCACCUGCUGCUCUCCCCGGCUCUGGGACUCACACUGAAUUGAACUAUUGUCACAAUAUUUCUGUAAGUUUAAUGUUACUUAACCUGCCCCUUUUAGCACAAUUUAGCUAAAGUAGUGUUCGCGGCCACAGUAAGCUAUAGCGUUCGCUUCAGUCCGAGGUAGCGGGGCGUCAUUCCAUAGUGUAAAAGGCAUAUUAUUCUUAUUUGGAAGGUCCUGGCUCCAAAUGGAAAAGCUUGGGCUUCAAACCAGCUCCAAUGCAAACCAGUGGGUGACGUCACACCUUGCUACGUCCAUCUUUAUAUGCAGUCUAUGCUUCCGACAGAGUCAGGCUAGCUUUUUCCUACUAUUUCCAGUCUUGAUGCUAAGCUAAGAUAAGCGGCUGAUGGCUGUAGCUUCAUAUCUAACGGACAUGAAAGUCGCAUUAAUCUUUUUAUUUGUCUCUCGGCACGACAGCGACUAAGCAUAUUUCUCAAAAUGUCGAACUCUUCCUUUAAUGUGGAAAUCAUACUCAGCUAUCAAAGAACUAUAAUGCCUUAUAGUAUUUGAUAUGUGAAUACAUGUAAACCUGUGUGUGUUUGAAUGUGUUAGCAUGUGUGUGUGUGUGAGUGAUGUGUGUAUACUUAGUUGCACUUCUUUAGUUGGAGUGUUUUGCACACUGUGUACAGAAAAAUAGGCUAUAUCUGUACAGUAUUAUUUUACCACUAUCCAUCGAAGCCAUUCAUAAUAAUCUGUAGAAAAAUGGAAUUUAUAUAUGUUCUCAUUGAUUCGACACGUUAACCUCAUGUUAGUUCUGCUGCUUAUACCAAUAAAUUCAUUUCCAUCUCCAGUAUAAGGAACAAAGUGGUUUAUUUCACCAUCAUACUAAUAUUGGUUUCUCCGGACGCUAAGGGGGCCCCUUCUGUUUUUCAUCUGCGUCUGUGAGAAAGAGGCGUCUGGGAGUGAUUUGAAGCACACUGUGACCUGCUUGGCAACUGAGCCCUAAGGGUUGCUAAUGUCAGUGGAGAGGAUGUGAACAGCUUGGACGGUGGGAAUUUGAUACAUAUAACUCACUUGUCAUGUUUGUUGCCAAAAGAGGAUCAAGGACAGCAAAGACUGAGUCAUAUUUUUGCUUACAUGGGGCAGGAUUGCGUGUAUUUUCUUCAUAAACAAUGCCAUAAUGUCAGUGAAAGAGUCACAAGAAGUUGCUGAAAACUGAAAAGCAUUAAUGCAAGUGAUAGCGAUGCAUUUCAACAAAUGUUUCUUUGUUACAAUAACAAGCUGUUUGUCUGAAAGGAUUGAAUAAAUUAGUUGCAUCAAGACUGAGUCCGUGGUAACCAAAAGUCUCAUUAACCCAGGAUUAUACUCUCUAUCCCUCUCAAAAGGAGACAGUUACCAGAACCAUGCAAUCCCAUACACAAAGUUGAAAGGCACCCAAGACCAACAGAACACUGUAGCAGCCUCGGCUUUAUCGGACGUUGGCCUGCUAUUUGUUUCAGCGGGUUAGUGAUAAGUCAGAGCUAGGUCAUAAACUUUAUGAAACUGGUUCAUAUUCCUAAUAUGAAAUCAUGUCACUAUCAGUUUCCAGCAACUCCAAAGAAACACUGAAUUCCUGAAAACUUUGGUUUCACUAACAUGUUGUAGUUCCACGAAGCAGAGAGUAAAAAAGCCAACCAAAAAAUAAUAAUAUUACAAUGUAACAUAUUUGUGCAUUUCUGGGAAGUGAAAGUGAGAAAUAAAGAAGGGAGAAAAAAAUGUGUGUGUGUAUGUUUGUGUGUAUGUUUGUGUGUGUGUGUGUACGCGUGUCUAUGUGUGUGAGAAAGAGGGAGGAAAAGUGAAACAGAGCAGUUUUAGGCUUGUGGAAUUU